AUGGUACUGAACCUUACACAGGAGAGACAUCAACAAGGAUUAAGAGGGACUCGGGGGGCUGCGGCGGAGCCAUGGUCGACUGAGGCCUGGCCGGCAAGGCACGUCCCAGCGGCGGCUCCUCCGCAGCCACCUGGCCGGCGCCGAGGCCAGGGGCGCCGGGCCCGGCCAGGCCGCACUCCCCUCCCCGGCUGCGCCGGGCCCUGCAGCCCCGCGUCCUCCCGGGGGCCGCCCGGGAAGACGCCGGGGGAAGAGGCGAGGGUGCCGGCAGGAGCUACCCACCCCUCCGGGCCCCGGCAGCGGCCCCGAGGGGCCGAAGCGCGGGCUGCCAUGUCAGGGCCGCCGGGGAGUCGGCACCCCGUGCCGGCAGCGGCCGCUCCGCAGGGAACGGCCCCUUCCCGCGGGGCACCGCCGCAGGCCCGCGCGGCUCCCCGCCUCCGGAGGCCGCCGGCAGGGCCGCGAGGCCGGGCAGCUCCCCCUCACCCCCCUGUCGGCCGCCGCCGGCAGGGCCGCGGGGCCAUCUUAGGGGGGGCCGGGGUGACGGCUGUCCCCGACAGCGCCUCCCGCGCCGCAGGUGCCGGGGAGCCACGUCAGGCAGAGCGCCCAGCCCCGCGUCCGGCGGCAGCGACCCGGCUCCCCUCGCUUUCCCCUCCGCGCCGAGCAGAGCUCGGCGGGCUGGGCACCCCCGUUCCCCCCGCGGAGCGCCGGCCGCCUCGGGCCGUCGCCCCAGGCCGAGCGCCCGCCCCGCCGCUCCGCGCUGACCCCUUCCCUCCCUCUUGCCUGGCGCGGGCGGCUCCGCUCCUUACCCCACCCAGAGGGAGCUCACCUCCUCCUCGCUCCCGCCUGGAGACCGUCGGCACCGACGCGCCAGCGUCCCGGCCCCUCCCUCCCCUCGGCGCGCCGCAGAGCCAGCCUCCCCCCGCCGCCAGCCGGGUCCCCUCCUUCCGCCGCCCCGGGCCGGGCCCGGCUGCGUAG